GAGCGCGCCGCGCCGCCGAGCCGCGGCCCCGAGGAGAGGGCGAGGGAGCGGCAGCGGGAUCGGCGCCGCAUGAUGUGGGUGCCGCUGCUGGCGUGCCUCACCGCGGGGAUCGUCUCCGUGCCCAAGUGCCAGCGCGGCCCCGGGGCUCUCCUCGGGGCGGUCCGGCUGCUAGCGGCCGUGCCCGGACUCUGCCAGCGCCCGGAAAACAGAUGUGCCACUUCAAAUGCAGUAACAUGUACAAAGUGUCUUGCUCUGGGUCCAGAGUGUGGAUGGUGUGCUCAGGAGGAUUUCAUGGCUGACUCAACACAGAAGGGACGCUGUGACACUGUUUUCAACUUACUGAAAAGAGGCUGCCAGUCGGAUUUUGUAGAAAGUCCCACAGUUCAUGUUACAAUACCCAGAGACCAAGAAACAAAUACACAAGUGACUCCAGGAAGAGUUUCAGUCCAACUGCGUCCAGGAAGUGAGGCAAGCUUUAUCUUAAAAGUUCGUCCUCUCGAGAAGUACCCUGUGGAUCUUUACUAUUUAGUUGAUGUCUCAGCUUCUAUGCACAACAACAUAGAAAAACUAAAUUCCGUUGGAUUUGCUUUAUCUAAGAAGAUGGAGAAUAUUUCUCUUGAUUUUCGACUAGGAUUUGGAUCCUAUGUGGAUAAAACUGUAUCACCCUAUAUUAGCAUUCACCCAGGUAGAAUCCAUAACCAAUGCAGUGAUUAUAAUUUAGAUUGUAUGCCACCUCAUGGUUAUAUUCACGUGCUAUCCCUGACUGACAACAUAGCAGAAUUCAGAAAUGCAGUGAAUAAACAAAAAAUUUCUGGGAAUAUUGAUACACCUGAAGGGGGUUUUGAUGCAAUGCUCCAAGCAGCCGUGUGCCAGAGCCACAUUGGAUGGCGCAAAGAAGCCAAGCGACUGCUUCUUGUGAUGACAGACCAAACUUCCCACCUAGCCCUAGACAGUAAAUUAGCAGGGAUUGUGAUUCCUCAUGAUGGAAACUGCCAUUUGAAAGAUAAUGUGUACAUCAAAGCCACGAGUAUGGAGCAUCCAUCUCUUGGGCAGCUCUCUGAAAAACUGAUUGACAAUAACAUCAAUGUCAUUUUUGCAGUUCAAGGAAGCCAGUUCCAUUGGUAUAAAGAUCUGUUACCUCUGUUGCCUGGUACUGUUGCAAGACAGAUAGAAUCACAAGCAGCAAAUCUCAAUGAUUUGGUGGUAGAAGCUUAUCAGAAACUAAUCUCUGAAGUGAAAAUUCAAGUGGAUAACCAGAUUCAGGAUCUUAAUUUCAAUAUCACUGCAAUCUGUCCUGAUGGAAGCAAAAAAACUGGCAUGGAAGGAUGUAAAAAUGUUGGAUAUAAUGAAGAAGUACUUUUCAAUGUGUCAGUCACAGUGAAAGGAUGUGAUACAUCAGGGGGAAGAAGUUAUGCAAUACUUAAGCCUAUUGGUUUCAAUGAAACCACUACUAUUAAUGUACAGAAAAGCUGUGCCUGUCAGAAUGGAAACAACACAAAGCCCAAGAGAGUAUGGACUGAUGAAACCUUUCCUGAUGGCAAACAGCCCCAUUGCAGUGACAGCAGUUGCAGCUACAGCAGAGAGACGUUUCCUUCUGAGGAGUGCAGGCAGCACCAGGACCAGCCCAUCUGCAGUGGCCAAGGAGAUUGCAUAGAGGGAAAAUGUUUCUGCUACAAGAACAAGCUAGGCAGGGUAUAUGGCAAAUACUGUCAAAUGGAUGAUUUUUCUUGCCCAUAUCACCAGGGAAACUUAUGCUCUGGUAAUGGUGAAUGUGAAGCUGGUAAAUGUAAAUGCUUUGCUGAUUGGGAAGGUGACCGUUGCGAGUGUUCAUUACAAUCAGCAAAGCAGUGCCUGAAUUCCAAGGGCCAGAUUUGCAGUGGAAGAGGAAACUGUGUAUGUGGAAAAUGUGAGUGCACUGACCCAAGAAGCUUUGGCCGUUUGUGUGAAUUCUGCCCUGCUUGUAACAAAGCCUGUGAAGAAAACUGGAAUUGUGUUCAGUGCCAUCAUUCUAACAAUGCAUCUCAAGCUAAACUUGACCAGUGUAAAACCUCAUGUGCUUACUUAUUGCAUUAUGUUGACCAAACUUCAGAAUGUUUUUCUGGACGAAGCUACUUUAGAGUGUUUUCCAUAAUCUUUAUAGUUACGUUUCUGAUUGGGUUGCUUGUUGUACUUAUCAUCAGGCAGAUAAUUCUGCAGGGAAAUAGCAAUAAAGUUAAAUCUUCGGCUGAUUACAGAGUCUCUGCAUCAAAGAAGGAAAAGAUGUUUUUGCCUACUGUUUGUACAAGAACAGUAACAUACAGACGUGACAAACCAGAGGAAAUAAAUAUCGACAUCAGCAAGUUGCGAUUAAAUGAAACUUUCAAGUGUGAAUUCUGAAGACAGUGUCUUUUCUGCAAAUGUCUGUUUCCACCAUUCUUUUUAGAAGUUACCACUCUGUCAGAAUCUCGACUGUUGCUGUUUGUGUCAUGCAUUUUGUUGGAUACUGUAACAACGUGACAUGUAAGCAUAUUCACAUAAGGUGACUAUGUCUGAAACUAUAGCUGCUGUAUUUUUAUUUUUUUAUUUUAUUUUAUUUUAAAGAAAAUGUGCGUUACUACUGUUCAGGAACAUUAGUGUUGAUGUAGCACUUUAAUGUAUUCUAAUUUAUUUAGUUCUGUCAUAGAAUGUAGAUACGAACAGAUCUGACAAAGCACUGAUCUCGCUCUAUUUUUAGCUAGUACUGAUGUGCUCUGUGGGAAUGGACAAAAACUGUGACUGAAUUAUUAACAUUGCUGUAUAUUAUAGCAAUAGGUGAAACUAUUCGAAUGCUCUUAAAAUAGAGUAAAUGGUACUUUUAUAGUUCUCUCAGUUGACUAAAUUCCACUGAUUUGUCUGCUUUAGUCUCUUAGCUUUUCCUCAUUGCUUAAUAAAAAUGACUGGAUUAAACGAGUGCUUAGUUACCAGUGUGUGUGUGUAGGUACGCACACAUACAGAUGCACACAGACAAAUAUAUAUGUAGGUUUUUUCGUGUGUGUGUCAUGUCACCUAAAGAUAAUUUAUAUUUGACAAGUACUUUUUAGCUUUGUUUGCUUUUUUCAUCAUAAAACUUUUAUGUGAAUAUUAAGAUAUUCGAAAAACUGCAUGGCUACAGAAAAUGAGUUCCUCUGUCCACCAGCACCACAUGCAUUGUAACCACUGCCUGCUGACUGUGCCUUUGGAGUCAGCAGCAUCAGCUCCAGUUUGAUAAACUACACCAGAGAUGUCUUUGGUCUGCAAGCUACUUGUACUUUUGCCAAGUAAGGUCUUGUUCCUUUUGUAUGUCAGACAUAAGUCUGAUGUUACACACUCACUCUUUUUUCUUCGUAAAUUAGUUGACAGGAUUCGUUUUUCUCAUUUUGUACUUUACUGCUUUAAUUUUUGUUUCUGUGCAUUGAGAAAUGUGUCCGGCUUGAUGUGACAAAGAAUCUGCAGUUUGAAAGAAGCGGAGGAACAUACUAACUGACUUCAUAAUUGUAGGACCAAAUUCUGCCUUCAGUAAUGGACAAAACUCUUGUAAACACAACGGGACCAAUAUAAGCUCACAUGAAAACAGAAUUUGAGCUAGAAUUUCAAGCAGAAACAUUUUUUCACCCUUUUAACUCCUUGUGAUGGUAGAGAGCAGAUUAUUGCUGUGCACUAACAGGCAGAGUCAACCUGAACCACUGUUUUCAGGGGGAUUAUGAUUAAAAACCUGUUAAGGUUUACUUAUCAUUGUUCUUGUCACACGGUUUUUGAGUAGGCAAAAAAGUAUCUGACCAUCUUUUUCGCUUAGAAAAACAAAACAAAGAAAUAAAACCUCACAAGAGAAUACCUUCCUGUAUAACAAAAACUAUGAUGGGCUGCCUUGUCUAGUGGUUGGUGACCCUGCACAUAGCAGGGAGGUUGAAAUUGGAUGAUCAUUGUGGUCCCUUUCAACCCAGGCCAUUCCACAAUUCUGUGAUUCUAUUAUAUAAUUGUUUUUGAACAGAAAACAUUCACCAAAAUGUGUUUCUCCUAACAGCCCAUAAGCCACUUUCUGAAGUGACAGGUAUUGGUUUUUGUCUCUAGAAUUAAUUUUUUCACUGCUAGAGGAAGCUAAAUUUAGAUGGAGGGCAAAGGAGCUGGUGUGGAAGAAAGAUAUAAUCUGUACCACCUAUCAUCCAGACACAUCCUAUUGCUGCCACUUUUCUCCUGUAGCACUUUGUUGUCAUUGCAGUGCUGCCUGUGCAGGAGUGCAGACAGUAUGUCUUUAUCAGACACCUGCCUGAAUGUGUGAUAUGCUCUGUUCAAACACAGCAGGCUUUCAGGACAAAGUCUUAAGUUAAAAAAAUAAAUAAAAAAGGAAAGGAAGAAAGAAAAAGAAGCAUUUUAUAAAAAGGCUUUUCUUGCAUCUUGCUCAGUGCUUCGCUGUAUUGUAGAGGGAUCUGGUGAAAAAAGAAUAAGCUGUUGCUAAUGUGACAGGUCAAGGCUUUUAGAAGGCCCAUGGGGAGCCUACAUAGAGCAGGAUCCUUGGGAGGAGGCUUUGUUUCUGAGGAUGGAAUCUAUCCAUGAGAAACUCUGGCUUUACUCAGUGCUUGUUUCCUUCUGCCUUUGACCAUGUUUUUCAGAAGAGCUGCUGCAGGAGAUGAAUAGACCAACAAAAGCCUCACUAUUUAGGGAGCUGUGUUCCCUCAGCACAUGACCUUAAAUGAGAAAGCAGCCUGUAAUUCACAAGGAAUUUCCUCAGCAGUCACAGAAGGCCUGUGCUUCCUAUAGCGCUUAUUAUGGGAGAUAUCACAAAGAAAUUAGUUCAGAUUAAUUUUCAAAGUACUGUGCAUCAAAGAUGCUUGUAAAAAUACAGGGAAAAUAUCUAGCCUCAGUGUAGUAUAUUUCAAACUUCUGAAUAAAGUGGAAUAUUUUGAAAUAUACUAGGCUGCUUGAAAAAAAUGGAAAGAAGGUCAGAUAAUUUGACUACAUACCUAUACCUAAUAGUAUGCUUAGAGAUACUAUGGCACUUCAUUGCUGAUUUGCAGCAUUUAUUCUAGAUUUUCUCCUAGACAGAGGAUCUUCCAUACCCUUCGCAGCAGAUUUGUACAUGUUAGAAAAUGUCAGUUCUAAUCCCACAUUAUUUUUACCUUCGGUUUAUUAACUACGUAACAUUGCAGAAAUGGCACAUUCAUACAACUAAAACACAUACAUCUUCAGAUUUGUUUUUGGAGGCCCUGGGAGAGAUGAAAAGAAUGCUAUGCACUGAUUAUUUCCAAGCAUCAUGAGCAAGUUAAUAACACCACUACAGAUGGUGUGUGGGAAAAUAGCUGUUUCAUCCAGAAAACGUGCACAUGGUAUGUGAGAAAUUUUCAUUGUGACUGGCUGAAAUUCCCUAAUGUUCACAAACAAUGUUUCAAGUGGACCUUAAAAAGGAAGGACAGCUGUGUAGGCAUAGUUUACAUUUUAGCUACUAUAACUAACUGGACUUAUUUUUUCCUUUCUAUGAUGUCAUGAAAACCUACUAUGUAAAGUAUUCUUCAGACCGUGGUGGAAAAAAAAUAUUUUCCCAGUCUGAUCAUACAUUUGUUUUCUGCUUAGUGUGCAUACUUAAAUGCACGUGCAGCAUAAACUGUGGGAGUGAACAUGUGAAGCAGUUUCAAGCAACCCUUACUCCUGGUGGUGGCCAUAAGGGACAGCAAUGCCCAGGACAGAAGGGUGUAGGGAAUGCCUUUGCAGUAGGUAUCCCAAGCAGACCCAAUGCAACCCACUGUUCCUCAUGGCAGCUCAACAGAGAUUGUGCUCUGGGACCAUAUUUCUCCACCUGCAAGGGCAGGAAGCCUUGUCACUUUGAAGAUGCAUGAUGUGCAGUCUGCCGUUAUCAACACUGCAGCCCGUUUGCAUCUUUAUUCAUUAAACACUGCUUGCAUAAAACCUAAUGAGGUACUGUAAAUCUGGGUGCUGCAGCCCUCCUUGAUAGAAAGCAAGCCUUCUGCAAAGUCCUUGGGCAUCUGUCCAUCAGCUUCUCCCCAGCCCCAGGACCUGCAUUGCCAGAUUUCAGUGAUGUUUUCAGUACACAGGAAGGGUGCUUCUCAUAAGGGUGCUGUGUGGCAUUUACUCUGCUCUGUGGAUGAACUAUGAUGCCAGUGUUCUUGCUCUCCCUUUGAAACAGAGGUGCAAGAUCUAUUUGGUAAACAGAAGUGGAGCAGUGUUAAGAAUGACACUACUUUGCUAUGGUAAUCUUGAUACUUCUCGAUGCACAGAUGUCUCAUUGGUAUUACAGAGAACAGAAAUUCAUGGAGAGAACAAAAAAGGUUAGACGUAGCGAAUGUGAGUGUUUUUGUAUAGUGAGCCAAAUCAGUGGGAUUUCACUGAGUACAAGCCAGCUCAGAAUGGUUGGUCAUUCUGGGAAAAAUAAAAUUAAAAUAAAAUUAAAAAGACCCCAGAAAAUUAAUAGAUUCUUAAGUUUUAGAAAUGCUGCUCUUUGUUGACUUUUCUGCUUAUUAAAAAAUAGUUCUGAAUCAGACUUUCAUUUGAACAACAGCUCAGAUCCUAACUUUUCAUCAUGAUACAUGUGUUGUGUUCGAGUUGUUUGUAUUUUGAAAGGCGAGGCUGAAAGAUGAAAGAUUCAUUUAGGAAGACAUUUGUUUUAGAAGAAUUCACUGUGCUAACAUCUUCACUUUUGCCUACUACUGCUUCAAAGUGUCUUAUUUAGCAAUGAUGUGACAAUGAUUAAUAAUACUACAGUUUUAUACUUUCUAUUUAACAUGUGCUACCUUUUGUAAAAAAAUUAUAUACAGAUGAAUAAUGUUUCCCUAGAUUUUAUGCAUAGAGAAUGUUAGGGAAGAUGGUUUAAUUAUAUCUGUAACUUCCUACUGUCCCUCUUCCAUUUUAAAUGAUACUUUUAAAUCACUACUUUUGUUUGUCUGAAAAUAUACUGAAUAUUUUAUUAUUUAAAAUAGUAUCCUUUUAUAGCUGUUGAUUAAAUUCAGUUGACUACUAACUUCCAUUUUGAUAUUUAUUAAUGAGUUGACACUGUAGUAUAUUGAGAUGUUUAUUUUUCUAUCAGAGCUGUAACAAGUAUGACAUAGCAUUAUUUUAAUGCAACAUCAUUGUACUUGCUCUCUAAAAAAAUAAAAUCAAUAUUUAAUCUGUA